UGUGAAGCACACGGGGCCAUGGAGCCACAAGUUUUGUAGACCCCUUAAUCUAGACUCUCAAAACAAUUCCUGCCUUAAUAGAUGCCUGUCCAAACGGAUCAAAUCUCUGUAGGAAAUUAAGAUAUUUACUAUUACAGUUUAUCAUUAUGUAUUGCAUUACUAUUUUCUUUGAAGAUCCACACGUGUAUUGGAUUCUACUGACUUUCAUGGUCUCCUUUAUGCUCGCACUUGACCUGAUCACGUUUCAAUACUCACAAAAAAGAAAAAAAAAAAAAAAAAAAAUGGCCCUGGCCUGUCCCACCUGCGAUGCCUAAUAACAACCUGCUCUUGAACGCAACUCGUCCCGUUCUCCAGGCGCAGCCCCUCGUCGUUGCCAAGCAAACCGCCGCAUGAAGAUCGGCAUCAGCUUCACUUGAUUCAUUAGCAUUAUUAUUAUUUGUUGCGGGGUGGGAAAAGCAACACGUCGAGGCGUUUUAACGCACAGCUGCGGGAGAGUGACAGAGCAAGCAGAGCCGACAGCCAAAAGUUUGACCUGGUUAAUUAAACGUCAACUUAACGCUGGGCCGACGGAGCGACGUCCGGAGAUGAGCGAAGGAGGUUUAAGGUCGUCUCGAUAAUCCGUCAUUUUAGAGUAAAUACCUGGAAGAGUUUGCGACAUGCCAGACGUUGAACCCCUCACAUUACCUUCCAGGGAAGGACUAACCAGCCAACAAGAGCAAGCAGACCUCCAAGCUGUCUGCUCUGGUAGACGUCGGACUUGUGCUCUGCUCAACAGUCCCUCGCCAUGUGUCAGCAGUGCUAUCUGCCAUAUCCAAGACAUGAGGCGUCUAAUAGAAAACUGGUUUCAGAAGCCCAGAAAAUAUCAGCCAGAGAUGGAUCCAGAUAAGGCCGCUUACAGCAAAACUUUAAGAUUUCAGUUAAGCGACUCGGAUUCGGACUCCACAGACUUAUAUGUUGAAGGCACUGCAAUAAGCGCAAGAGAAGGUUAUCAAAGAUCACCUCUCCAGAAGAAAAUCAACGAUGUCCUCUCUGAGGUUGUGCAUCUGGUCGAGCGUUUGGAGGCUGAUCGGCAGUAUGCGGAGGAAGCUCUGCAGAAAGAGAAGAGGAGAAGAAAAAUCUUAGAGAGCAGAGUUGACAGUAUUUCGCUGUGGAAGCUAAUGGAGCACCCCUCGAUUGUUCAGAAAGAGCACGAGGCGUGCAGCAGAGACAUCACGGAGUUGAAGUGGCUGCUCAAGCUGGAAAACCAGAAAGUUGACCAGGUCCAGAAGAAACUGUCGCAGGCUGAGAUGCUGAACCGGAAAUUACAGGAAGACGUUGACUUUGCCAGAAACCAAAUUCCCAUUGUGAGAGAGAACCUGGACCGCCAGAACGAUGCUUUACGUCAGAUUGGUACUGUCCAAGCUGAGGCUGAUGACAUUUACUCAAAAACAAAAAGCGAACUCCUCCAGGCUCAGAUGGAGUUAAGAGGGACGAAAGCCGAAGCUAAGAGGGAAAAGACAGCGUCAGACCACAAACUACGGGAAUUAGAAUGUCAGCUAUCAGAAAAACUGCAGGGUUUUAACCAUUUGAAGAUGGUAGAGAAAAGUCUGCGUGGUGAGAUCAAAGACACAGAGGAAGCUAUCAUUCUCACUGAAAAUAAGUGCACACACAUAAUUCAGCGGAUGCCUGAACUUGUUGAGUUGGACAAAAUUGAAGAAGAUAAGAUUUUGCAACUCAAUUUGGAAAUUGAGAAGGAAAUGCAAAACAAUCGAAAGCUAAAAGAAAAGCUAGCCUCAAUGCAAGACGAGAUGGAUAGAAAGAAACCCACGUGGGAAGCAGAAGUUUCCUUCACGGAGGCACAGCUUCAAUCCAAACAGGAAGCUUUUGCAGCUCUGUGUAAAGAAAACCAGGAGAAUGAACAGACGGUGGAGGACUACAAGAUGAACAUUUGUGAGAGCGAGAAAGCAGUGAAGCAGAUGCGUCAGGAGAGGAAGCAGAUGCUCCAGAGAAUCACUGACAAUGACGAGCAGUGGGAAAAGGCCAAGGAGGAAGUGACCCAGGUUGUAGCCCAGCAUAGUGUCAUUCAGGCUAAGCUGGAAGAGCAGGAGCAGCUCACCUUCAUGGAAGAACAGACUGCCAGGACAAAUAUUGACAGUUUAAGAAAAGACCUGACUACCCACAUGACUGCUCUGGAAGUGCUAAAGGCUCAGAGUGCAAAUGUCAACGGUGAACUGAAGAAACAGCAAGAAAGUUCAGAGCUAAUCAACCGACAACUGCAGAAAGAAUUUGAUGAAUCGUCUGGUGCGACACAAGCUCUGGACACGAAAAUUAAGAGAAUGAAGGAACUGACAGAAAAUUUAGAAAAGAUUCAGUGUGAAAAGAAGAUGACAUUAGUCAGCUUAAAGAAGGACAACGAGUUGAAGUGGGACCAGCUUAAAGCUGCUCGGGAUUUACACAGUGCCACCUUACAGAGAAUUGACGACAUUCUUGCCAGAAAUACUCUCCUUAUAAGUGAAAGUGAAGAAUACGAGAAGGCUUCUCUUGAAAUAGAAAAAAAUGUUGAAACGCUUCCAGAAGUCAUAGCGGAGCUUGAAAAAGAUUUCCACGUGUUGGAGUUCAAAAACAAAUCAGCUGCUCACAUAAUGAGCGCCUUGCAGUCUGAUAUUAAUAACUGCCAGCAACGAACGCAGCGAUUCAUAAGGACACGCACGGCUCACCUUAAAGCAAGGAAAGAGCUAAUGGAAGACACCAAGGAAGCCCUGAAUGCUGCACGUAUUGAAAACGAGCAACUAGCAAGCGAAUACGAAGUUCUUAAGAAGAUGGUCUUGGAAGUCAAAGAGGAGUCGGGAUCUGCACUGAGUGAGAAACACCAGGCACAUAACAAGUGUAGCUAUUACACAGAGCUCUCUUUGUUGCAGAAGAGGAUGCACAAGGUUUUGGUAAAAUACUUAGAACAACGCAGCCUCCGCAGCCUGGCUGAACUGGACCAGUGCCAGGCUCUCUCCCAACAAACCACCCAGAAAAUAAAAACUGCCCAGGGAAAGUUGUCGGAAGAACUUCGGCUCAUCUCGGCGUUCCUUCAGUCCCUGAGAGACGAUUCUGCCUCCAUCAAAAACGCUGGAAACAACAAGCAUAACCAGUCCAGAUGCUGCUGGAGUGAAUGAGUAGAUGCCUGCAGUGCAAGUAGCAGUGUAAUUGGACAUUCACCUGUACCAGACAACUUACUUACCCUAGCAUGCUUCACUAUCUCUACCCCCCCCCCCCCCCCCCCCAUCUUCACUUGCAGCAAAUCCAUAACAAUGAAACAGGUGACUUUCAUGCUGCUGUCAGGACUGAUCUAAUUUUAGCUGGGUGAAUGAUUGCAAUUGGCUUUGCCUCAUCAGAUAAUUAAUCUAUGUCACCAUUAAUUGGAAAAGAGAAUAAUUACAGGCAGUGUUGACAGAAAUUCUACGCUUCUCCAGAUUUCAAGAUCCAAUUACAACUAGUGAAACCCCGUGACCUUAAGUAGCACUUAGUGCACUUUGGCCACUUUGACCACGUCCAGGUGGAGAGCACCGUCCUGCCGAAAGUCUCCUGUUUUUGUUACGGUGCCCCGUUCUCCUCCAACGUCUUCACCCACUGAAAGCUGUCUCCCUCAAUCACUUUUCAAUAUUCAAUCUUAAUUUUGUGGAAGUUUAGCAUUUUCAAUGAGCUGGAGAUGAAUGAUUAAUGAAUAAAUUUAAAUGCUUCAUUUUGUCCAUGGAUCAUUAGUUAAGUCCUUUGUGGGAAGGACCUGAGAAAGGAGUGAAAAUUAUUGAGACAUUAGCCUGGAGCAAUCCAGGGGUAAAUAGUGUGCACAAAAGGAUGUUGUGUGCGCACUAUCCACUGGCUUUCUAAAGAACCCUGGGGAAACGCUGUUUUCAAUUUGGAAUCUUAACUGAAUCACAUUUAGUUCUUGUAGGAAAUUGAUUUUUGUUUCAUAGUGUUUAACCAGAGUCAUACCAUUGCUGCACAACAUAUUAUCUGCUUCAUAUAGACUUCAAAAGUUAAGUGUGAACCAUGGCUUUUAAAAGAAUGUGCAAAUAGCAAAAAUAUCUGUUAAAUCUAACACAAAUAACGUAUGAAUAGCUAAACACAUUUUGACUAAUUUAAUAUUAAUCCUGCAAGUUUUUGUUAGGGAUAUAAUGUUGAAGCCCCUUAACUUCUAGGAAAUACUGUACCAUCCUGUCUGUGUGGACAGAGAUCAUGUUUUUGUUGUUGUUGUUUUAUCAGAGACCUCUCCUGCCAGUCGGGACAGAAGGGGGCAGUGUGAACACAACAACACUGGAAAGAUAACCGACUGAAACAUGAUCUGUUCCAGGGGAUCUCAAACCUCAUGUCAUGAGGUCCACAUCUCAUUUCUGAUUAAAGUCAAAGGUUUGAAACAA